AUGGUUUUGUCGCUGAAAUCACCAUAUUCACCUCCUGGCGAAGCCGCAACGCUUCGUUUCGGCUUCGCACAGGCACGCGAGGUGCAAGCCGGUGCCGAACGGCAGGCAGAGGAGUAUCAUGUGCAAGGGGAAGCACUCGAAGAGAUGCGAAGGUGCCACUUGCAAGAAGCGCAGCGCUUGGCGCGGCAGCGUCGUUUGGAAAUGCGCCACCAAGCGACUUUGCGAGCGCAACUGCAUGAGGUUCAGCAAGCCAUCGGCCGUUGCAGCGGUUGCAGCGACUGCCACCGGCAAGCCCCCGGUAGCGACGGCGAUCCGCCAUCGCAGGCGGUGAUCGAAAAGGCCUUUGGCAUCCAUCGCCUGAGUGAAGCCAAAGAACAGCUCCACGAGUUGCGAGGCUGCAACCUCCGCCUGCAAGAGGAGUUGCGCGAGGCGCAGCAGGCGCCGCCUCCUAAGACGCAGGACUUACCUCGCCCUGCGUGGGUGGGAGAUCGACCCCAAAGAAGGAAAGACUCUUGCUUUGGCUCACCCAGGACAGCUAGCAUGGAUGGCUCCAUGUUGUUGCGGCAGGUGGGAGCCACAGAGACCUUGCGUGGUGAACUGGAAAAGCUGCAGGACACCUUGAGCCGCGAGCUGCGUCGGCAGAAGGGUCUGCAGCGCCGUGAAGAGAUGUUGCAGAAGCGGCAGCGACAGCUGGAGGCAGCGCUGAAACAAAGCCGCGCCGAACAGGCCGCUGAACUCAACAGCUUGCACGCUGAGCUGCAGGAAGGGGCGCGGCAUGUCCGAAGGCUCCUGGACUUUGCCAUGCACGCGCCUGGCGUCGCUGUGCUAGAAGGUGACGGAGGCGGCCUUCAGACUCGACCAGAGGUGCCUAGUCCCAAAGAGGACGCGACACCCAGGGAAGACGGACCGGGUCCAGCAGUCAGUGCGGUCAGUACGCCACCAACGCGCAGUGCUGAUGAUGUGCAGUAA